AUGCAGAGGGCAUAAUCUCCAGAUACAAUGAUGGUUACAUUUUAUGAUUUAAAUCGACCUUUAGACUGGCCUUAAGGAUAUAGAUUAUAAUCCAAUACAUAAGUUUCGGAUGUCUUAACAUAUAUUAAGAAAAGUUUGAAUAAUGAUUAACGAAUUGAAUUACAAUUUGAAAAAAAUAAGCCAUUUGAUGGAAGGCUUGACACUUAAGUAAUUAAUAUUAUGAAAUAAUUAAAAACCAGAUAAAUUUUUUAUAGAAAAAUUUAUUCCUAUACUAUCUAAAAACUCUCAUCGGUUGAAUAAGGUAAGUAAAUAAGCUUUAACUAAUAAUUUGAUAACUAAAUUCAUCAGUUUAAAUAAGAAAUAAAUUCGAACGAGUUGUAUUAUAUAGAUAAUUUAUAAUUAUCUUCAUAAAUUCCUAUAUUGAAUGGAACCACUACAUAAAAUUAUAUCAAUUUUGAUUAAAGUAAAAUAGAAUAAAGUUAAAAAUCAGAAUAAUUAAAUACAUCAGAGAUCAUAGGUAAAAAAAAAAUUCAUUAUAUUGAAAAUCCAAAGUAUUUUAUUUAUUUAAAUAGAAUAUAAAUUUACCCUUAAAAUUAAUAAAUAAUUUAGCAAUAAUAAUAAUAUUCUUCAGAAUUAUAAUAAUUAAAAUAGGAAAAAUAAUAAAUAGAAUAAUAAUACUUUUAAUUAUAAAAAGAUUUGUCUCAAAUAAAGUAAAAAUAAUAUCAUUUAUUAGAAAUUUAUCACAAGUAUAUGAAUAAUAAAUAAGUUAAUCAAAGAUUGAAAUUUCAAAUUUAACGAAAGAAAUCAAUGAAUUAAAGUAAAAUAUAUUGUAAAUCUAAUUUAGGCUAUUAAAUAAUAAAUAUGAUAAGGAAUGUUAAAAUUUAAAUAAUGAAAAUCUCUCUUUAUAAAAUGAAUUCAAACAAACUAAGUUAAACCUAUAAUCAUAAACAGAAUUAUUAAAAAAGGAAAGAGAUAAUGAAAAGUAAUAUAAACAAAUUUAAUUUAGAAAAUUAACUUAAGACGAAAUUAAGAAAUUGUAAGAAGAAAAUCAAAAGUUAAAGAAUGAAAAUCUCUCUUUAUAAAAUGAAUUUCAAUAAGCUAAGUUUAAACUCUAAUCAUAAUUAUUAUAAUUAACAGUAUUAAAUUAGGAAAGAGAUAAUGAAAGGUAAUAUAAACAAAUUUAAUUUAGAAAAUUAACUUAAGACUAAAUUAAGAAAUUGUAAGAAGAAAAUCAAAAGUUAAAGAAUGAAAAUAUCUCUUUAUAAAAUUAACUUAAACAAACUAAGUUUAACCUAUAAUCAUAAAUAGAAGUAUUAAAUAAGGAAAUAGAUAAUGAAAAGUAAUAUAAAUAAAUUUAAUUUAGAUAAUUAACUUAGAACAAUAUUAAUAAAUUGUAAGAAGAAAAUCAAAAGUUAAAGAAUUAAAAUCUCUAUUUAUAAAAUGAAUUCAAACAAACUAAAUUAAACCUAUAAUCAUAAAUAGAAAAAUUAAAAAAGGAAAGAGAUAAUGAAAAGUAAUAUAAAUAAUAAAUUUAGAAAAUUAACUUAGAACAAUAUUAAUAAAUUGUAAGAAGAAAAUCAAAAGUUAAAGAAUGAAAAUAUCUCUUUAUAAACUGAACUUAAAGAAACCAAGUUUAACUUACAAUCAUAAUUAGAAGUAUUAAAUUAGGAAAGAGAUAAGUAAAAUAAUGAAUAAUAAGUAUAAAUUGAAAAUCUUCGUGAUUAAAAUACGUAGUUAGAGUAUUAAAUGCAUUUAACUUAGAAAAUCUUUAAAAAAAUUUGAAAAAAACUUUAUUACUAUAUGUGGUUUAAUGAAUAUUCAAACUAAGAAGAUUCUAGAAAGGAGAAUAGAUAAUCAUGAUUGCAUAUCCAAUUUAACUUUCAGAGAGAUCAAAGAUGUAUUAGAAAGUGCCUUGAUAAUGUAAAAGUAAGUUCAUUGCAAAUGCUAUAAGGAAAAAUUAUUACCACUUAAUCUAUUUCAGUAACUAUUAAUCCUUCUGGAACAAUAUUUAAAAAUGAUAUACCAAAAAUAGUUAUUAACAUUAAUUAGAAUAUAAAGGAAUGCUUAAUUACCAAUAUAUAAAUGUAACUCAAAAAAUUGCAACUUUAUAUUCAUUUUUUAAAGUAAUGAAGAAAAUUAAGAAAUAAAAAUGAACUAGUAAUUUUAUUGCCAAAACUGUGAAUAAUUUUGCAAAGCAUAAAAAAUAUGA